AUGUUGUCGAUUGUUGUACUUGUUCUCCUAAUUGACCAAUUCCAACCAGCAUAUCAAUUGGAAACAGUUCAAACAGCUCUGUCCAGUACUGUCGAACUGCCAUGUUCCAACGCUAAUCAGAAUAUCGAUUCAAGAAACUCUGCUAAGAUCGUCUGGAUCCGUGAUGAUCAAGCUGAUAUUGUUAGUCUUGAUUCGGUAAUCACAGUUCGCGAUCCUCGUCUAAGUAUUAUCUCUUCAGACAAUAACGAUCAUCAAGAACGAAUCUUACGCCUUGCGAAUAUCGAAGAACAUGAUCAUGGUCUGUAUCGAUGUGUACAAGGUGAUAUUACAUUGAACGAAAUUCUACUUGAUGUGCUUAUUCCACCCCGAAUUAUCUCACAUACGCCUGAGCAUAUGCAUUUGACAGUUCGUGAAGGUCGUGAUGCAGAAUUCUCAUGUAUAGCCACCGGUCAUCCCCCACCACUCAUUAUUUGGCAUGUCAAUGGUUUAUCGAGGCCGGGUGUCGUUACAACGGUUGAGGGUAAAAAUGAAAGCCUUCUUAUCUUACGUAAUGUGUCACGGUUUGAUUCGGGUCGAGUCGAUUGUUCAGCAACUAAUACAUUAAGUACUGUCAAUCGACAAUUUCUUCUUGAUGUUAAAUAUAAACCAAUGGUUACAGUUCCGUUUCAUUUGUCCUAUUUCCGUUUGUAUGAUUCAGCAACAAUUACAUGUCAAGCUUGUUCAAUACCAGCGCCAACAAUUUUUGAUGUUUUUCGACCGAGAAAAGCUGUACCGAUCAAGAAGGGAGUGAAGGAGAAAUUCGAAGAAUUUCUCAAUCAAACUUGUCGACAAGUCACAGUUACGAUUCAUUUAACUCAUUCAUCAUUAUUCGGUCCAUAUGUUUGUCGAGCAAGAAAUUCUCUAGGUGUCAACCAUGUUGAAUUCAUACUGAAAGAAUCAACCAAGCAGAUAAAACCUGCAACAGAACAUCAGCCUUCAGGAAUGUCGAUGAAUUCGUCUACGUCUUCGACCUUUGUUACUGCUAAUGAGAAUGAAGCGCCCAAAAGUAAUAUUCUAGCGACGAUGUUCACAACUCAAUCAAUUGCGCGUACAAAUCCGUCGUCGAAACUAUCAUUAUCAUCAGUGCUCAUCCUCAUACCCUUGCUUGUUCUCAUGAUCUAG